UUCCGGGAUCACGCCACCACUUCCACUUGGGAUCCUGGCGAUAUGGCUGAUAAUGGAAUGGGACCGUGUUAUUGUCAGCGCCAAACAGACAAACCCAUAGUGUAGCCAUCUUAAAGUCACUGGUCGAAUAGAGCCGUAGAAUAUAUUCUUACAUAGUCUAAAUAUUAAUUAGUGAUUAAAUAGGCCUAUAGGUAUUCCAUAGCCACCUCCUUCACUUGCCACCACGUAGGCUACCGCGGUAGCUGCACAAACUUGUCGCAUACAAUCGUUUGGACUGCCCUAUCUACAGGACUGAGCCUCUCACAUUCCGAUCUUUUCAGCUAGGCCGUGGGCCCCUGGCUGUGUGUGUGAGAUGGACAGGAUGAAGACCAUCAAGCGGAGGCUGUCCAUGUCUCUCCGCAGCACCCGGCCCGUAGACGACUCCCUGUCUGAACUGGCCGAGCAGAUCACUCUGGACGAGCCCUCUGCAGCCAGAGAAAACGAGCCCAUGGUGGUGUGUCCUGUUAGUAUACAUCCCCCAGCCUCUCACAGCGCUCCGUCCUUCCUGCGUCAGUACGCUGGCCACCUUGGUCGCACCGCUGCCCUGCGCAGAGACAACCCAGGCCUGGACCGCGACAGGCCCUACCUCACCCUGCACAGGACCGGAUCCCUUGGUAUCGUCCAUGAGAACGUGAAGAUGGGCUCAGACGGGGAGAGUGAUCAGGCGUCUGGGACGUCUUCUGAUGAAGUCCAGAGUCCAGUCAGGGUCCGCAUGAGGAACAACCACCACAGACGCAUCUCCAAUGAGGACAUAAACAAGCGCCUGUCUCUGCCGGCUGACAUCAGGCUACCGGAAGGCUACCUGGAGAAGUUUGCCAUGAACAGUCCGCCCUUCGACAAGCCCAUGAGCCGCAGGCUACGAAGAGCCUCAUUGUCUGAAAUCGGCUUUGGCAAGUUGGAGACGUACAUCAAACUAGACAAACUAGGGGAGGGAACCUAUGCUACAGUGUUUAAGGGGCGCAGCAAGCUGACUGACAACCUGGUGGCUCUGAAAGAAAUCCGAUUGGAGCAUGAGGAGGGGGCUCCCUGCACUGCCAUCAGAGAAGUGUCUCUGCUGAAGGACCUGAAGCAUGCUAACAUUGUUACCCUACAUGACAUCAUCCAUACUGACAAGUGCCUCACGCUGGUGUUCGAAUACCUGGAGAAAGACCUGAAGCAGUACAUGGAUGACUGUGGCAGUAUCAUGAGUGUACACAACGUUAAGAUCUUUCUGUUCCAGUUGUUGCGAGGGCUGGCAUACUGCCACAGGAGAAAAGUCCUCCACAGAGAUCUCAAACCUCAGAACCUGCUCAUCAACGACAAAGGAGAACUCAAACUGGCUGACUUUGGUCUGGCCCGGGCCAAGUCUGUCCCCACUAAGACCUACUCCAAUGAGGUGGUGACUCUCUGGUACCGCCCGCCUGAUGUCCUGCUGGGCUCCACAGAGUACUCUACACCCAUCGACAUGUGGGGAGUGGGUUGUAUCUUCUAUGAGAUGAUGACAGGCAGACCACUGUUCCCUGGCUCCACAGUGGAGGAUGAGCUGCACUUGAUAUUCCGUAUCCUAGGCACACCAACAGAGUUGACCUGGCCUGGGAUUACCACCAGCGAGGAGUUUAAGACCUACAAGUUCCCCCGUUACCACGCUGAGCCCCUGGUCAACCACGCACCCAGGAUAGACAGUGAUGGCCAUGACCUUCUUUCACUGCUACUACAGUUUGAGCCGAUGAAGCGUGUGUCGGCUGAGGAGGCUCUGAGACAUCCAUACUUCAGGAGCCUGGGGGAGCAGGUUCAGACACUGUCUGACACAUCCUCCAUCUUCUCUGUGAAGAACAUCCAGCUCCAGAGAGACCCAGGGAAGAGGUCUUCAACCUUCCCAGAGUCAGCCCAGGGGAAGAGUAGGAGGCAAAGUGUGUUGUUUUAGUGUCGGUGGGGUUGGGGGGGGGAGAUGAGGAGGACAGUGACGUACAGAACUGUCGCACACACACACACUGACCCCGCCACACACCCCGAAGAAUCCAACACACACUCUGCCACACACACUCACCCCGAAGAAUCCAACACACACCCUGCCACACACACUCACCCCGAAGAAUCCAACACAC